GGCUGCGGCAGCUGUGGCUGCGUCUGCGCGGAGCAGAGCGCGCUCUGUGGCGCGGUCCGCAGUGGAGGCGGCGCAAACAGCCAGGGGGCGGCGGAUGGCUCUGCGGGGCCUGGCAGGCUCGGGGCCCGGCUCCCGCGGGCCGCUGGGUCAGGCGGGGGCAGCGGACGAGGAACGCGAGGCGCCGGCCGUGGUGGCGGCGGGAGACGCGCCAGAGGACGUUGAAGAGGACGAGGGCCGCAGCCGGGGCCUGCUGCGCUGGGACGGCUUCUCAGCCUGGCUGCAUUGCGUGUGUGUGGUGGGCUUCGACCUGGAGCUGGGCCAAGCCGUGGAGGUAAUUUAUCCUCAACAUUCCAAACUUACUGAUAAAGAAAAAACCAAUAUUUGCUAUUUGUCUUUUCCAGAUUCAAAUUCAGGUUGCCUUGGAGAUACCCAGUUUUGUUUUAGAUUUCGACAGUCUUCUGGGAGGAGGGUGUCACUGCAUUGUCUCCUGGAUCAAUUUGAGAAAGAUUUACCAGUUUACUUAAAGAAGGAUCCUGCCUAUUUUUAUGGAUAUGUGUAUUUUCGACAAGUUCGAGACAAAACUCUAAAAAGAGGCUACUUUCAGAAGUCCUUGGUUUUGAUCAGCAAACUACCUUAUAUUCAUUUUUUUCACACUGUGCUCAAACAGAUAGCACCAGAGUAUUUUGAAAAGAAUGAACCUUAUUUGGAAGCAGCUUGUAAUGAUGUUGAUCGAUGGCCUGCACCAAUGCCAGGGAAAACAUUACAUCUGCCUAUUAUGGGGGUAGUAAUGAAGGUACGGAUUCCCACAUGUCAUGACAAGCCUGGGACAACUCAAAUAGUGCAGUUAACUCAGCAGGGAGACACACAUAUAUCUGUUAUUUUACCUACUGUUCAUGAGGUGGAUCUUUUCAGGUGUUUCUGCCCAGUUUUCCUUCAUAGUCAGAUGCUUUGGGAGCUGGUGCUGUUGGGUGAGCCCCUCGUGGUCAUGGCACCGUCACCAUCAGAGUCGUCAGAGACUGUAUUGGCACUUGUUAACUGUAUUUCUCCAUUAAAGUACUUCAGUGAUUUCCGACCUUAUUUCACUAUUCAUGAUAGUGAAUUCAAAGAAUAUACCACCCGUACUCAAGCCCCGCCCUCAGUCAUAUUAGGAGUAACCAACCCUUUUUUUGCAAAAACACUCCAGCACUGGCCACACAUUAUUCGGAUAGGAGACCUUAAACCUGCAGGUGAAAUUCCUAAGCAGGUUAAAGUGAAAAAAUUGAAGAACCUAAAGACUCUGGAUUCUAAACCUGGAGUUUAUACUUCUUAUAAGCCAUAUCUAAAUAGAGAUGAAGAAAUCAUGAAACAAUUGCAGAAGGGUGUACAGCAGAAGCGUCCUUCUGAGGCUCAAAGCGUCAUUCUCCGACGUUAUUUUUUGGAACUGACACAAAGCUUCAUCAUUCCAUUAGAAAGAUAUGUGGCAAGCUUGAUGCCUUUGCAGAAAAGCAUUUCUCCAUGGAAGAGUCCACCCCAAUUAAGACAGUUCCUUCCAGGAGAAUUUAUGAAAACACUUGAGAAAACAGGACCUCAGCUGACCUCUAGAAUAAAAGGCGAUUGGAUUGGACUUUACCGGCAUUUUCUAAAAUCUCCAAAUUUUGAUGGUUGGUUCAAGACCCGGAGGAAGGAAAUGACCCAGAAACUGGAGGCACUCCAUCUGGAAGCUCUUUGUGAAGAGGACUUACUUCACUGGACCCAGAAACACACAGAAGUAGAAACAGUAGACCUUGUAUUGAAGCUAAAAAACAAGCUGUUGCAGGCUGAUCGAGAGCAUUUACCCGUGAAACCUGACACUAUGGAAAAGUUACGGACACACAUAGAUGCAAUUAUUUUAGCAUUGCCAGAGGACCUACAAGGCAUACUGCUCAAAACGGGCAUGACAUGAUAUUUGCCAGGAUUUUCCAGCCAAAAGGAUUGUACACCAUGAAGCAUACUGACACUUCAACCAGACGCCCAAGAUCUCUCGGAGCGGAAAAUAGCCGUGAAUGCUAGCUACAGGGUUGAAAGACUAUACUGUAUAAACAGACCUUUUUAGUGCAUUAGUUUUAAAAAAAUGGAUAUCUGUGGUGUUUCCACUUUAAUACUGAAACACCAAAAGGCAUUUCUAUAUUUUUAAUCAUGUUCUAAAGUGCUCUUAUGAGAGACCUGUGGGGCCAUCAGUUUAAGUGAUUCCAAACUGCAGUGCUGGCAUUGCAGAUAUUUUUUUUAAAUUGGUGCUUCUCUGCCCAAUCAUGAUAAAACUCAGGGGGAUAUAAAAAUGACAUUCACACUGGCUAUCUUCUUAAGAAGAAGGAAAAGACUGAACUGUCAGACUGUAGUUAGGAGUGAUUAAUGCUUUUGUAGUGCCUUCCGUUGUCCUACGUGUUUCACAAAGCCCAGCUGCUAGUCUUGAAGCUUUUUCUUAACUUGAUUAUGAUAUGUAGUUUUUUAUAAGGCAUUCUUUUGAGUAAUCAUUGCUUAAAAAUAUGUUUUUUGCCUCCCAUUGUUUUCAUUAUUAGUGGCAUUGGUGUUUUUUUUUUUCAAUUGUCAUAGAGGUUUCAUUUCAUUAUUUUCUAUACCAGUUUCAAAUUUAAUCUGUUUCACCAAAGGGAAGAAGACAUCUAGUAUUAAUUAUGGAAGAGUUUAUUUCCUCUUACCCUUUGCUAAUUGGGCCCAAGUUAAUUAGCUUGUCUGUUUUUCAAAGACAUUCUAAUUAUAAACCUCAUAAUCAGCUACUUUUUAAAACAACUAUUCUUAUUUUAAAGGAAUUUGUAAAACUUUUUUUUUUUUUUUUUUUUUGCGGUACGCACUGCUGUGGCCUC